AUGGCAGCCGAUCGCGCCCCCGCCUCCGGCAUUGACGCCGGAGAGGGCCUUCGCAAGCGCACUGCUGGCUCGUCGCCGGCUAUCCCUGCCGCGCCGCAGCCCGUCGACGACAAGAAGCUGACCAAAAAGGUUGCCAUUCAGGUCCCUACCACCCUCGAUGUCUUCAACCAGUGGGAGCCCGUCUUUGCCCCGCUGAUUUUCACGGCCUUAGCCUUCUUCACCCGUCUCUGGAAGAUUGGCAUCAGCGACAUUGUCACUUGGGAUGAAGCCCACUUUGGCAAAUUCGGUUCCUACUACAUCAAGCACGAAUACUACUUCGAUGUUCACCCCCCGCUCGGCAAGAUGCUCGUCGGUCUCUCUGGUGUCUUGGCUGGUUACAAUGGCUCGUUCGAAUUCAAGUCCGGCGACAAGUACCCCGAAGACGUUGACUACACCUUUAUGCGCGCCUUCAACGCCUUCUUUGGUAUCGUCUGCAUCCCCCUGGCCUACUACACGGCCAAGGAGCUCAAACUUCGCCGCCCCGCCGUCUGGUUCGUCACUCUCAUGGUCCUCUGCGAGAACUCGUACACCACCAUCAGCCGAUUCAUCCUCCUCGACUCCAUGCUGCUCUGCGGUACCGUCGCCACCGUCUUUUGCUGGGCCAAGUUUCAUAACCAACGCCACAGCAGCUUCGAGCCCGAGUGGUUCCUCUGGCUUUUCCUCACCGGUAUUAGCAUUGGCUGUGUCUGCAGUGUCAAGCUCGUUGGUCUCUUUGUCACUGCCCUCGUCGGUAUCUACACUGCGGAGGAUCUCUGGAACAAGUUUGGCAACACCAAGAUGCCCGUCACCACCCUCGGCGCCCACGUCGUCACCCGCGUUGUUGGCCUCAUCAUUGUGCCCUUCCUCAUCUACAUGCUCUCUUUUGCCCUGCACUUUGCUAUCCUCAGCAAGAGUGGACCUGGUGAUGCCCAGAUGAGCUCCCUUUUCCAAGCCAACCUCCAGGGCACCGACGUCGGCAGGGACAGCCCCCUUGAAAUUGCCAUUGGCUCUCGUGCCACGCUCAAGAAUAUGGGCUACGGCGGCGGCCUUCUUCACUCCCACGUCCAGACCUAUCCCGAGGGCUCUCAGCAGCAGCAAGUCACUUGCUACCACCACAAGGACGCCAACAACGACUGGUUCAUCUACCCCAACCGCGGCGAAGCCGACUACGAUGCCAACUCGACCGACAUUCGCUACAUUGCUGAUGGUUCCGUCAUCCGUCUGAUCCACGCUUCUACUGGCCGCAAUCUGCACUCGCACGAGAUUGCUGCUCCCAUGACCAAGUCUGACCGCGAGGUUUCCUCGUAUGGCAACCUGACCAUUGGUGACGAUAAGGAUCACUGGCAGAUUGAGGUCAUCCGCGAUGCCGCCUCGCGCGACCGCAGCCGAAUUCGCACUUUGACUACUGGGUUCCGUCUCAAGCAUCCUACACUCGGCUGCUACCUCCGCGCUGGCAACACCAACCUUCCUCAGUGGGGUUUCAAGCAGAUUGAAGUGACGUGCACUCCCAAGAACAACCCGAGAGACUCGUACACGCACUGGAACGUUGAAUCGCACUGGAACGAGAAGCUGCCGCCCGGUGACCCUGGCUCGUACAAGUCUCCCUUCUUCCACGACUUCAUCCACCUCAACGUCGCCAUGAUGACCUCGAACAAUGCCCUGGUUCCCGACCCCGAUAAGCAGGAUGAUCUCGCCUCCCAGUGGUGGCAGUGGCCCAUUUUGCACGUCGGCCUCCGCAUGUGCGGCUGGGACGACAACAUUGUCAAGUACUUCCUCCUCGGAAACCCCUUUGUGUACUGGGCCUCGACAGCGUCGCUCGGCCUCGUCGGCCUCGUUGUGGUGUGGUACAUUCUGCGCUGGCAGCGCGGCUUCAAGGACCUCGACAGCGAGGAAGUUGACCAGAUUCACUACGCCGGCAUCUACCCAGUGCUCGGCUGGUUCCUGCACUACCUGCCCUUUGUCAUCAUGGCCCGCGUCACCUACGUGCACCACUACUACCCGGCGCUGUACUUUGCCAUUCUCGCUCUCGGCUUCUUCGUCGACUGGCUGCUGAGAAACCGCAGUCAGGCGAUCCAGGGCGCCGUCUACGGUGUCCUGUACUCUGUCAUUGUUGGCCUUUACAUUACCUUUAUCCCCAUCUGCUGGGGCAUGACUGGUAACAACCGCCAGUACUCGUACAUGAGGUGGUUCGAGACGUGGCGCAUGAGCGACUAA